AUACUCUCGAGGAAAACAAAACUCAAAUCCACCUGUUUUCUUUUCCAUACCUUUCUGGAAUAUUUUAAUUCUUUUCCAUUUCAUUUCUUUCUCACCAAAAAAAUAAAUAAUAAUUUACUAAUUUCCUUCCCUUCCAUUCCUUUCCAUCCUUCUUCUCUCCCCUAAACAUUUCCACAACACUAGUCUCCUCUCUCUCUCUCUCUCUCUCUCUCUCAUCAAACUUUCUUUCACUGUCUCUUCUUCUUUCUCUUGACUCUUUCUCUUUUUUUUUUUAUUUGCUAAACAUUGCUAUGACAUAUUCUUCUUUUUCAACUUAACUUUCUCUCUCUAAUCUUGUUUUUUUUUUUUUGCUUCAAAUUUUUCUAUCUUAUUUUAUUCAAAAGCUAUAGCACAAGGUUUUCUUCUUAGAUAUAUAUUAUAUAGCUAGAGAGUUAGCUAGCUUUCCAGAUUCUUUCCAAAGGAAAGCCUAAAAAAAGAAAACAAAGAACAAAAAAAGUCCUUAUUGUGUGUGUUGAAGAACAAAAACAAAAGGAUUGCAUAGUUUCUUGCUUGUGAAUAUUGCACUUUAAUUUCUUUCUUUUUUUUUUUGUUUAUUUUAAUAAAAGGAAGAAAAAAAAAAGCUAUUGUUUUUCAUCUAUAUAUAUUUUGCAACCAUCAAGGUAGAAAAUUGUUUCUAAAGAAGAUGCCCUUGGAAGGGAUUUUCAUUGAACCAACUUCAACACCACCUGAUCUUUCUCUUCAUAUAAGUCCACCAAGUACUUCUUCUUCUUUGAUUUGCAACAAUAACUCAACUCAUCAACUACUUAAUUAUGAUGCUCACAAUUCAUCAAGUACUAAUUUCAUUUCUUCAAGAACUUUGGCUCAAACUCAGGCUCAGGCUCAAGCUCACACUGAACUAUCUCUUGGAAGAAAUUUUAGCGGCGGUGUUGGUGGUGGAGCUCAAGAACAACCACAACCGUCACCACAACAACAACCACAUAACCCUUACUUUCCUCACCUCCAACAUCACCACAACUCUACAACUUCAACAACAACACCAAUUAGUACAAGUCCUAAUUCAUCUCACAUGAAUCACAUAAAUUAUGGUGUUUCAUUGCUUGAUAUGUCAUCAUCAUCGGAAGCUUUGAGACCAAUUAAAGGGAUUCCGGUGUAUCACAACCGUUCAUUUCCUUUUUUACCGGCCAUGGAACAUUCAAGAGAAAAAGAUCCCAAGAUGUGUUUAUAUCACCAUAUGCCUAAUUCACCAACACCGUCUCCUUCUUCGUCUUCUUCUCCUCUUUCCCCCUACAUCACUCCAGGAGGUUUAGAUCCUAUGUCGUUUUUAAACUCUAGUGGCUCUGCAGCGGCUUACAGAGCCGCUGUAGCCACAAGGUUUAAUAACGAACCUUUCAAAUCACAUCAAUAUCCAUUGCACCAUCAUCAUCAUCACCAUCACUCACACUAUGGUAGUGUUGGACUUGGAGCCUCAGAAGCAUCUAUGAUGAGAUCAAGGUUUUUGCCAAAGUUACCUACAAAGAGAAGCAUGAGAGCUCCAAGAAUGAGAUGGACGAGUACUCUCCAUGCUCGAUUCGUUCACGCUGUUGAGCUCCUCGGCGGUCAUGAAAGAGCAACACCAAAGUCAGUAUUGGAACUAAUGGAUGUGAAAGAUCUCACAUUAGCUCAUGUAAAAAGUCAUUUGCAGAUGUAUCGAACUGUUAAGACAACUGACAAACCUGCAGCUUCUUCAGAUGGAUCUGGAGAAGAUGAUGUGCCUCAAAUUGGAAGCAAUGGUGGAAUUCGUCAAUUUUCAGACCAAAGAGGAUUAACAGAUAGGCCAUUACAACAAGAUAUGGAUUACUCUUCCACCACUACUUUAUGGAGUAACUCUUCAAGUAGUAGAGAACCAUGGCCACCAACUAGUUCUAACGACGUAGAAGGUUUCAGACCAACUAUCUUCCAAUCGCAACCUAUAUCAGGAGGGCAUCAAAUUCAGGAAUGUGAUUCAAAUCAACUGAAGAACAAUUUGUCAGGAUCUAAUUUAGAGUGUAAGAACCCAAGCUUGGAGUUCACAUUAGGCAUACCAGAUUGGAAUGGCAAAGGACAAGCCUAAUUAAUUUCCUUUGUUUCCCAUAUUAAUUAACUAGUUGUCUCUAUUUUACUUUUGCAUUCAUUUAAUUACAAUCCACAAUAUGACAUAACUUCAUCAUGCAGAGAUGUAUUAGCUAUAUAUAAAUUGGUGUGAAGGAGAAGAAGAAAAAAAAAAGCCCUACAUAGUUUCUACUAAGUUCCAUAAUUUCAGAAGUAAUUUUCUGAGUUCAUGAACAAUUUUGUUUAGCUUUUUUCUUGUAUUUAUUUUUUAUUUAUUGGUGAGGAGAAGGUGAUGAUGUAGCUGCAUAUGUAGUAGAACAAGGAAGAGAGAUAUAAAGGAGGGGAAGAAAA